ACUACUUGUGGCUGGGAGAAACAAUUCCAAAUGUGUUUUUUGGAGGGGGUUUCCUAAGAAACAGAAGACCUGGCCCUGUGUAGGUCGGCAAUAGUGCGUGGAAGAUCUCCUCCUGCCUUUCGUGCUCCCACCCCCUCUCCCUCCUAUGGGAUACGGUGCAGCUGGGGGUGGGGGUAGGGCAGCCCUUUUAUAAACGUGGUCUUGUGGCAAGGCGAAGUUGACAAGGGUGACAGAAGAUUUGGCUCACUGCUCAUACCUGGGAAUGACCAGAGGGGGAAUGGAAUCAGUUGAAGUGUUCACGACUGAAGGCAAAGGCAGGGGCUUGAAAGCACAGAAGGAAUUCUUGCCCGGAGAUGUCAUCUUUGCAGAGCCAGCCUACGCUGCUGUGGUUUUUGAUAGCCUGACACACGUAGUCUGCCACACCUGCUUCAAACGGCAGGAGAAGCUCCAUCGCUGCGGCCAGUGCAAGUUCGCCUACUACUGUGACCGAACCUGCCAGAGAGAUGCCUGGCUGAACCACAAAAAUGAGUGCUCUGCCAUCAAGAAGCACGGCAAGGCACCCACCGAGAACAUCAGGCUGGCAGCCCGCAUCCUGUGGAGGAUAGAGAGAGAAGGCAGUGGGCUGUCGGAGAACUGCCUGGUGUCUAUUGAUGACCUGCAAAACCACGUGGAGAACUUCGAUGAGGAGGAGAAGAAGGACCUCCGUAUCGAUGUGGAAAGCUUCUUGGAGUUCUGGCCAGCCCAGAGCCAGCAGUUUGGCAUGCAGUACAUCUCCCACAUAUUUGGAGUGAUCAACUGCAAUGCCUUUACCCUCAGUGACCAAAGAGGACUGCAAGCUGUUGGUGUGGGAAUCUUCCCCAACCUCUGCCAGGCCAACCACGACUGCUGGCCCAACUGUACUGUCAUCUUCAACAAUGGCAAUCAUGAGGCUGUAAGAUCAAUGUUCCACACACAGAUGAGGAUUGAGCUGCGGGCACUAAGCAAGAUCUCCCCAGGAGAUGAGCUGACUGUGUCCUAUGUGGACUUCCUCAAUGUGAGUGAGGAGCGGCAGAAGCAGCUGAAGAAGCAGUAUUACUUUGACUGCACCUGUGAGCACUGCAAGAAAAAGAUCAAAGAUGACCUGAUGCUGGCAGUGAAGGAGGGGGACAACAAGCCUUCUGCAGAGACAGUGAAGGAAGUUAUCCAGUUCUCCAAGGACAUGCUGGAGAAGAUCAACAAGGCCCGCCUGGAGGGAACUUACCAUGAAGUUGUGAAGCUGUGCCGUGAAUGCCUGAAGAAACAGGAGCCUGUGCUGGGAGACACAAACAUCUACCUCCUGAGGAUCCUCAGCAUUGCCUCUGAGGUCCUCUCCUACCUCCAGAUGUUUGAGGAAGCAGCUGAAUAUGCCAAGAGGAUGGUGGAUGGCUACAUGAAAAUAUACCAUCCUAACAACGCACAGCUGGGGAUGGCUGUGAUGCGAGCAGGAGUGACCCACUGGCAUGCUGGCCUCAUUGAAGCUGGACACAGCAUGAUCUGUAAAGCCUAUGCCAUUCUCCUGAUAACCCAUGGACCUUCCCACCCAAUUACCAAAGACCUGGAGGUCAUGCGUGUCCAGACAGAGAUGGAGCUGCGCAUGUUCCAGCAGAAUGAGUUCAUGUACUACAAGAUGAGGGAAGCUGCCCUCAAAAACCAAAAGAUUCAAGUCAUGCCUGAACCCAGCAAUGAGGCCCCACCGAGCCUCUUCCACAAGAAGGAAUAAAUAUUGAGCUUGACACAAAGUCAUGCCUGUUAGGUAACACCACCCGUGGGACCUCCAGACAUGGGGAAUGUGAUAUGUGAAUGUGAUACAUCCCCAAGGAUUGUUUCCAGUGCCACCAGUCUGAGAGCAUGGACCAGCGGGGAUAGUCCUGAAAAUCUCCUGAGAGCUCACAGCAGAAAAUCUCUUGGCAAAAGCAACAUCAUUUUCUACCACAAGCAUUAAAAAAUCAAAGCAAGAAACCUGCUAUAAAAUUAUUUACGUUCUUAUUGAAAGCCAGUUUCUCUCUGGGCAAGUCCUGCAGUCCUCAGUUAAAUUUUUAAUUGGCUCUGUCCUGAUUUUUUUCCAUCACUUCCUUGUGAUGACAUCACUUCUUGCUAGUGAUAUCUAUGUGUGGUUGACCAACAGACAGUAUAAGUGGGAAGCUGGUUCCAAGAAGUGUCUUGUAUGCCUGUGGGCAUCAAGUGCAAAGCAACUAAGAAAUAGAGAUGAUAUUUUGAGUAAAGUGAUCUUUUGCUGAUGAAAAACUGAUGAACGAUGGUUCUGCAGGUGACGUGGGUGUAAUAUCAACCUGUGUGGACUCUGACCACAGUGACUGGGUGACUAAAUGGGAUUCGUGUCUAAAGAUACAUUAGUUAAGAGAAGUUAGUUUGUUAAAAAUCACACAAUGUCCACAGUGGUGGCAGCAAAUGGACGUGAGAUAAGUCCAUGCCAGAUGCCAUUCGCAGUAGUGUGGUGCAGUGGCUGUGUGGAUUGUUUUUACUGAACAGGCAGUUCUCCAGGAGGGGAACCCCCUUUGCUCAGAGCUGGGGGCUCUGAUGCUUACCUGUACCAGUUCUUCAUCUUAGGUGCUUAAUCAAUUUUGCACCGAGCCUGAAUGGAGAGAAGGAAAAGUCUAAUGGCAAUGGAUGGAUUUCCAAAUAACAAAAAAACUUUGCUGUCUGCCCAUCUGUAAAUCCAAAUUAUUUGCUCCAGAUCUUCAUUGAUAACAAAGAGAUGAAAAAGGACUGAUUAUUCAAAAAUCCCCUACCAGCUCCUCAGCAAAAUAGCAAGAAUAGCAAGAAAACAAAACCAGGCUUUUUCCUCUUGACAUUUCUCAGAGAUUUUGGUGGUGAUCCUCCAGUUCUAAGAUGAGUUUGCUGGACACAAACUUCAGCUCUUUAGAUGUUGAACUAGAUCCUUCCACUUGUCAAGGAGGUACCUAUCUGACCUCAACUGUGACAAUCUCUAUUGGUUUAGUUCCUAACAUGAAGAUCAAUGCCAAUCUGCAGCUUGAAAACCUUCUUUGAUGGGGAAAUUAUGGCAGAGAUGCACACGAGGACAAAUUAGUCCUUUAACAGCACACAUUGGAAUUGUAGGAGAUAGGGAGGCACUGGUGCUGUUUUCCUAACACUUUUAUAGCUUUGAAUUGUUGUGAGAACAUCAUCCUAGGUAGGUAUAUUACACAAGCAGUACACUCAUUUCCCAGCAAAAAAUCCCAAUUAGCUUUCAAGCAUAGAGCUUGGAAAAGUCAGCUAAGAAGGGAGAAUUUCCUCUCUCCUGAUUUCAGAAAACCAGAAAACCAUCCAGCCUGCAGCACCAAGCGUUGAAGUUAACCAUGGUGCUCCUGUGUCUGCGCUAUGAAUAACCAGUGCUGACCUCUAAGCAGAGAAAAACUGUAUUUCACUCCAGAGCUUAUAUCCAGUAACCCAAUUUAUCAGGCAAAGUUCGUGGCAAAACUGAACACCUAAAGUCUGCCUGGUGCCCUUUGCUGGUUGGAAAGGAUGGGGGAGAGGCGGUGAUGGGGUGGCCAGAGCCUGUAGGUCUGGCUCCUCUUUUGAAUAAGUGAGCAUAGGGAUGGCUGCUGGGAUGCCUCAACUCCCCCAGUGCUGGUCUCUGCCCCAAGGCAGCUUUCCAGGCAGGUUCACCAACAUCUGCCACGCUCAACCACCUCGUUCUUUGGCCCUGCCAAUCACUUUGAUGUCACUUCGGCCAAGUCUUUAAGGAAGGGGACAGAACCCUUUCUCUGGUCUUGGCACAGUACUUUUCCAUCCACCCAGCUGUGCACAACCCAGCAGUACGUCCCAAGAAGGACAGUAGUGCCUGAAUCUCAGAAUGGGGCUGACAAGCAGCAACACAGAGGGUCUCACGAUGGCUUGGCUCAGCCUGCUGCCCAGUUUUUUUUCCAGGGUUUUUGUGAGUUUUGGAGGCUUGCACUUUUUUAUAGCAACAGCAAAGAGGUUUAUUAUGAAGAUGUUUUCAUACAAAUUUUACUUUAACGGAACUCAUUCUACACAGUAAAAUGAUAAGUUUGUGCAGGGUCUCUAGACUCUCUUGCUGAUUCUCUUGUAGGUGAGGUCUCCCUUUGUCAUGGUCUGAAAAACAAUAGAAAUUGUUAGCUUUGCAUUGCACUUGGCUCCAAACCCUACUUGGAAAAGAUCUGGUCUUGCAAAUCAGCACAGGACUGAUCUCCAUCUAAUCAUCUAUAAAUCAAAUUAUUAAAGCUUGGGAUAUAUUCAUGAGUACCCCAACACAGAUAAGGAUAAUCUGACACUGACUGGAAUCAGAAUUGUACAUUUCCUCUUUACAGGUGCCAGGCCCCACCCUAAACCUAUAAAUAUGGCUGAAAACAUGCCCUCAUUACAUGUAACUUUGAUCAGCAGUGCCUGGUAGGAUCUCAGAGGGCAGCACUUAGUGAAUCAGACUGUUUCAAAAACAAUGCCUUCAUUGCCUGGUCAACUGAUCUGCUUUGGCUACAGAGCCUGAAUGCAUGCAUGUGCUCAUCUCCAGCAUCUGUUUAAGGUCUCCAGCAUCACUGUAGGCUUUUCAGUGCCUGGCCCCCCUUGGACCCCUGAAGGCAGCUGUCUGCACUGUUAAUCUGGUCGUUGCCCUUCUCUUCUCCACUUACAUGGAUGAUGGUGUCUCCGUUCAGUUCGGUCACGGAUUUCAGCCCCUUCAGGUUAGUAACCAGUUUGUUGUUACCUUCCAUGUUAACAACACACUGGUAAGAAGGGAAGAGACAAAGGCAUUAAUGUUAGCACUGCACACCCCCUGCAUUUUGUCCUUCCCCUUCUGUACUGAGCUGCUACUGUCUCCUCUGAAACUGCUGGGAGCAAGCUGCUCCCCGGUGAUGUAGCUUUCCCAAGAGGAGGGAUUGUUGUGCUGGUGAUGCCCACAACACAGCAAGAGUAUGGGUGUUUACUUUGGGCACUGCAAACCUCUAUGAAAGAGAUACAAUUUUUCUGGAAAGGUCUCAGCUGAAUUGGUAUGUAUGUUGAGUUUCUGCCCCCCAGGAACUACAUGUCUAUAAAGGCUUCAGACAGCACUGAUGCCCUCAGGGCAGCCUUGAUUGAUUGUUGAAAUUACUCAGAGAAAUAACACAGCAAAAUCAAUUUCUGUUCACCUGUUUGUCCAUCUGCACAACAUCUUCAUCUGCCCUCAAGCUGCUGAUUUAUGGAAGGUAAAACUUUUUUCCUAACCCCUGGUUUCUGUUCAUGGGCCUUCAGGGAUGGUAGAAACCACACAAGGCAAAUACUACUCUCAGAGCCCAGCUCAUUGGGGCAUGUCUUUAGUGAUCGUUCCUCCUGCUUUCAAUAGUCCCUGCAGUAUCAACUUCUCCCGGUGUAGAGCUGCGAUGAAAUAUUUGCCAGUGGUGCCAUCUUGACAUUUCAUGAAUCACUGAAAAGUAUUGUCCAGGAACUGGAGCUGAGGAACUGGAGUUUCCAGAGUCAUAAAUCCUCAUCCUGCCAAAUCGUCUCACCCAGUGUGAACAGCAGCAGUGCAAAAGGCUGGCAGACAAGCUAACAGCCUCUGGGACUUAAAAGGACAGGUUUAUUGGUUUAUGAUUCAUUGGUUGACUUUCUUGUGCUACCUUUAAGUCAACAAAAUGAAGGGAGAGUAUGUUUUGUUUUGCAGCAUGACAAAAUAAACCUCUUUUCACUUCAAACUUUUCAGUCAGAAAGGUUUGCAGUCAGAAGAAUUUA